AUGAGGGCAGGCCGAAAGGUCUGCCAAGCGGCUGGGUACUGCGGGCAUGCGGGCGGGCCGGAAGGUCUUACGAAAGCAGGCUCGUACUGCGGGCAGGCAGGGCGGGCCGAGAGGGUCCUGGCCAAGCCGUCCUGGUACUGCGGGCAGGCUGUGCGGGCCGAAAGGUCUGCCCAGCCUGGCCCUGGUACUGCUGGCAGGCGGGCCGGGCGGAAAGUCUGCCAAGCCGGCCUGGUACCGGCGGGGCAGGCGGCAGGCCGGAAAGGUCGGCCAAGGCCGGCCGGUUACUGGCGGGCAGGCGGGCGGGCCGGAAGGUCAGCCGAAGCAGGCCUGGUACUGCGGGCAGGCGGGAGGGCCGAAAAGGUUCAAGCCACGGCCCCUGGUAACUGCGGGGGAGGGCGGGCCGGAAAGGUCAGCCAAAGCCGGCCUGGUACUGGGGCAGGGAAAGGGCGGGCCCAAAAGGGUCGCCAAAGCCAAGGGCCUGGUAACUGCGGGCAGGCGGGGGGCCGGCCCAAAGGUCUGCCAAGCAGGCCUGGUACUGCGGUGGGCAGGCGGGGCGGGGCCGGAGGGUCUGCCACAAAACCAAGGCCUGGUACUGCGGGCAGGCGGGCGGGCCGAAAAGGUCUGCCAAACGGCCUGGUACUGCAAAGGGCAGGCAGGCGGGCCGGAAAGGCUGCCGAAGCAGGCCCGAUACUGCGGGCAGGUGGGCGGGCCGAUAGGUCUGCUAAGCCGGCCUGGUACUGCGGGCAGGCGGGCGGGCUGGAAGGUCUGCCGAAGCAGGCCCGGUACUGCGGGCAGGCGGGCCGGCCGAUAGGUUCUGCUAAGCCGGCUGGUACUGCGGGGCAGGCAGGCGGGCGGGAAGGGUCUACGAAGCAUGCCUGGGUUACUCGGGCAGGCGGGCGGGCCGAAAGGUCUGCCAAGCAAGCCUGGUACUGCGGGCAGGCGGGCGGGACGGAAGGUCUGCCGAAGCAGGCCCGAUACUGCGGGCAGGCGGGCGGGCCGAUAGGUCUGCUAAGCCGGCCUGGUACUGCGGGCAGGCAGGCGGGCCGGAAGGUCUACCGAAGCAUGCCUGGUACUGCGGGCAGGCGGGCGGGCCGAAAGUCUGCCAAGCAAGCCUGGUACUGCGGGCAGGCGGGCGGGACGGAAGGUCUUCCAAGCAGGCCCGGCGGCGGGACGGAAGGUUACUUCCAAGCAGUGCCCGGUACUGACGGGCAGGCAGGCGGGGGGCCGGAAGGUCUGCACCGAAGCAGGCUGGUUUGGGCAGGGGGCGGGCCGAAAGGUCUGCGAAGCAGGCCUGGUACUGCGGGCAGUCAGGCGGGCCGGAAGGUCUACCGAAGCAGGCCUGGUACUGCAGGCAGGCAGGCGGGCCGAAAGGUCUGCCAAGCAAGCCUGGUAUGCGGGCAGGGCAAGGCGGGACCUAAGGUAUACCGAAGCGCCCUGGUAAAGUGGCAGGCAGGAGGGCCGAAAGGUCUGGGGCCAAAGGCAAGGCCUGGUACUGCGUGGCAGGCAGGCGGGCCGGACAGGUCUACGAAGCAGGCCUGGUACCUGCGCAGGCAGGCGGGAGGGCUGAAAGGUCUGCCAAGCAUGCCUGGUACUGCGGGCAGGCAGGCGGGCCGGAAGGUCUACCGAAGCAGGCCUGGUACUGCGGGCAGGCAGGCGGGCCGGAAGGUCUGCCGAAGCAGGCCUGGUAACUGCGUGGGCAAGGCAGGUGGGCCGAGAAAGGUCUGCCAAGCAGGACCUGGUACUUGCUGCGGGCAGGCAGGCGGGCCGGAAGGUCAUACCGAAGCAGGCCCUGUACUGCGGGCAGGCGGGCGUGGGCUGGAAAGGUCCUGCCAAACAAGCCUGGUACGGGGCCGGCAGGCGGUUGGGGGGGACGGAAGGUCUGCCAAGCAGGCCUGGUACUGCGGGCAGGCAGGCGGGCCGGAAGGUCUGCCCAGCAGGCCUGUUGCGGGCCAAGACCUUGGUGGGGGCAGGGCCAGGGGGCCGGAAAGGGUCCGAAAGGUUGCCAAGCAGGCCUGGUCUACCGAAGCAGGCCCGGUGCAGGUAGGCGGGCGGGCCGGAAGGUCUGCCCAGCAGGCCUGUUGCGGGCAGACUUGGUGUGGGCAGGCGGGCGGGCCGGAAGGUCUGCCCAGCAGGCCUGUUGCGGGCAGACUUGGUGUGGGCAGGCGGGCUGGCCGGAAGGUCUGCCCAGCAGGCCUGUUGCGGGCAGACUUGGUGUGGGCAGGCGGGCGGGCCGGAAGGUCUGCCCAGCAGGCCUGCCUAAGCUUGGGGCAGGGACUUGGUGUGGGCAGGCGGGCUGGCCGGAAGGUCUGCCCAGCAGGUCUGUUGCGGGCAGACUUGGUGUGGGCAGGCGUGCGGGCCAGGAGGUCUGCCAAGCAGGCCCGGUAUAGGUAG